UCAGUGUUCUUCACUCACUUUCCAAUUUCAAGGAAACCAUCAGAAGAGAUAACAAGCAAAAUGGGUUACGCCAGCGUAAUGCGUGUUGAAACUAGUGGGGCUUCCUGGUCAACAUCUCAGCAGGACAGACUUGGAUAUUCAGGUGUGGCGGCAUCUCACACCAUGGCACAGACUGAUAGUGGAAGAAUGGCAAACUAUAGGUCUAAAAUCAACAGUGUGGGAGGUCAAACUGGAAUUGAGCCAGCUCUCAUCGCUGCCAUCAUCUCCAGAGAGUCCAGGGCUGGAAAUGCAUUACAGAAUGGCUGGGGAGACAAUGGUAACGCCUGGGGACUGAUGCAGGUUGAUGUGAAUCCAAAUGGAGGUGGACACACUGCACGUGGUAGUUGGGACAGUGCGGAGCACCUCAGCCAAGCCACGGGAAUAUUGGUUUAUUUUAUCGAUCGGAUCAGUAAGAAAUUUCCGAGCUGGAGCAGCGAGCAGAAGCUGAAAGGAGGGAUCGCAGCCUACAAUAUGGGUGAUGGAAAUGUCCAUUCCUACGAUAGCGUGGAUGCCAACACAACUGGUGGAGACUACUCCAACGAUGUUGUUGCCAGAGCUCAGUGGUAUAAAAACAAUGGCUUUUAAACACGGAAGCUGCCAACGAAUAGAAAUUCUCCUGUUUUACUUGCAUCAUGUUAUUAAAGACUCACAAUAACAAUGCAAGAAAUACUGUAGGUUUAUUACAGAGAUGUUACAGGGGUCACAAACAUUUAUAAAUCAUAGUUUUCUUACUCCUGAUGCCAAAACUAGAAUUACAAUUGUUUGAUGGAGGAGGAAAUAAAGAAGAAGAGAAACUGUGAUUACAUUUUCAUUGAUUUUGAAUAUCAUAUAAACUCCAUUUAAGAUGACACAAAAAAUGGUUUAAAAGCAAUUUAUUUCAUUAAAAUCUGAAUGAAAAAGCAUGUUGGACAUCAAGUUAAAUCCUUAACACAUAUAUAAUGUACCUGCACAUGUAAAAAAUAAAGCAUUAUAAUCAUA